UUUCACAGUUAACUCGCCGCGUUUUCGACACGGUGAAAACCUAAGUUUCGAUAAAAACUUUAUUUUUGUGUUCAGCAACCAAGCAAGAUGUUUCCCUUCGCCCGUGCACCGACAGUCGUGUUGUGGGACACUUUUGAUUGCCCCAUCAUCCCCGAUGAUGAUUUCACUGAAGUUUUUCUGAUCACUAAAUCGGCUCUUGAAGAAAAGGGUAUUAUUACUGGUGUUUAUGGUAGCGUCGAAUUCAGGGCUUUCGUUGGCGACAUGGACGAGUGUCCGGGAUUUCCUGUUUUUUGGAUAGACAAAGCUAAGGGCAAAGAUGAUAGACUUUGGAGCAUCAUUACAUUCUUACUUGCUCAGGCGAAUUAUUAUUCAUCAAGUACAACAUUCUUGAAUUUGUUGCUAGUCGUGGGAGAUAUAUCUGAGCACGAGGAGUUUCAGCGGGCUAUUCGCUUAUUAAAUUCCAGAAGAAAAUUCAAUGUUCUUCUAGCACAGCCUCCUCCUCAAAAUGCAAGCUCAUCAUCAGGAGAGGAGCUUUUUGACAAAGACUGGCUCUGCUCCCGUCUUGCAGCUGGAGAACAACUUAUCAACAAGUUGGGCAUAGGGAAAACCUUUGAACCACCUUUGAAACAUAUUCCUUCUCAUCAGGUUGCUCUUACUUCUCAUCAGGUUGCUCUUCCUUCUCACCAGGUUGCUACUAAGUUGUCAUUUGCAAAGCCAUUAUGCCUUAGUAAACAUAUGGCCGAGAGAGCAAGAACAUGUGUUUUCUGGGACACUGUGGCUUACCCACUCCCUGCUGGUCUCCAUUCCGAUGAUGUUUUGCAAAACAUUGAAGAUGCUCUUUCUGAAAGGGGUUAUUCUGGCCGUGUCUCAAUCACGGCUUUUCUCGAUGAUCACCCCUCCCCCCCAGGCUUUACUGGAUGUUACGUCUCUUACCUAAAUGAUGGAGAGAGAGAUGCGCGACAUUGGCAGAUUGCAUUGCACUUGCUUGCUGCUGCUCGUCGCACUAGGAUUGAGCCAUUAAAUCAUAUGCUACUCAUGGGAGACAUCUCAGGACACAUUGAGCUCUUAAGGACUAUCUACUUGUUGAAUUUGAGAUUUUCCUACAAUGUUAUCUUAACACAGCCUCCUCCUGAAAACGCAUCAUCAGGAGAGCCACUUGGUAAGGACUGGCUCUGCUCAAGCCUCUCAGCUGGAGACAAACUUCUCAGCCAAAUCGAACAAAAAUUAAUCAUGAGCACAGUUGUACAACCUUUGACUCCUUGGCAGGAGCGAUACAAAGCUGCAACCACGGUCGUGUUCUGGGACCUUGUGGAUUGCCCAGUACCUGUUGGUCGCACUGCUGUUUUGGCUUCACAGAUCAUUAGAUCGGCCUUUGAAAAAAUGAGUUAUCGUGGCACUGUUACCAUCCAUGCUUUUGGCGAAGUGAGUAAUCUGGAUCCGCUUGUUUCAGAACUAAGAGAUGUGGAGUGUCAUGAUGAAAACACACCCACACCCUCAGGUGUAUUCCUUGAAGAUACGAAUCCAUCCGGAAUCGUGUUUCAUCACACACCCACAGCACAUAAAGACGCUAGACGUGAGAUGAUGCGUGAUGAAUUACGCGUCUGGGCACUUGGUAAUGAUGCUCCAGCAAAUGUGAUGGCUAUCUUACGAGACACCUCUGAUGACAAGAUCUUUGCCGGUUAUCUUAACGUAUUGAGAUCGAUAAAUUAUAACGUUGUCAUAGCACAGCCUCAGAACGCGUUAGGCCAGCUUUUCGAUAUGGAAUGGCUUUGCGCAAGACUUGGAGACAGAUUUCUCCCUCGAACGAGAAAUU